GUUAAGGAAAAGGAUAACGGGAAAGCAAACGUAAUUCACGGGAAACGAGCCCAUGUCUCUGGGGGACGCCAACAACGGACGGUUGGGUUAAGAAAAACAACAACGGGAAAAGCAAACUUUACACGCGGGAAAAGAUCUCCGGUCAGCUUGAAAGUCCUGUGUUUUCCCCUCAGACCAAUUGCCAGAGUGAUAGAGAAAUGGCUCUGCCAAUUGCUAUUUGACAAGUGGGCGGAGUCAAACGUUUAGCUCCACCCACAUUGAGCCACUCCUCGAUCUGCAUACUGCAGUCAGGGCUUACUCACUUUGUAGGCCUACUUAAACUUCACUGCAUUUCAGGGGGAAAAUAUCCUACUUUUUACAAUUACUGUAUUUGACAGCUGUAUAUUUCGGAAUAUGAUAUGAGUUUUUACAGUAUUGUUAAGGAAAAACUGCCCUACAAUAAAUUAUUAAAACUUGCGUUACCUCUACCAGCUCAACAGUGGUAAGGAGUAAUUUGAAAAUAUAAAGUAAGAUAACACUGAUUCCUAUUUGAUACUUUAAGUAGCCUGCAUGUUGUUGCUAAUACUUCAGUAGGCCUGCUUAUAGCCUAUAGGAAGGCUACAGAUCUGAACAAUUCCAGCACUGCCUAGAUGUGAUUUAUUGUAGCCUCGGGGAACCAAUUUUCGUCAGUCUGGAAUUCACAGAAUUAUGAAUGAAACACUCCGUUUAACUUGUCAUCGUCAUAUUCUGUGAGUGGGAGGCAAUAGGCAGACAUCGGCGAGGGUACAAAAAGUCUCCACCCUCGGGCUCACUGUCACUUUUUAGCAGCACCAAUCUCAGAGCUCGUCUUCCGUUUCAACACAGCUCAGUUUGGAUAACUAAAACAAAAAAACAUGGCAGACCUUAUAAGAAAUGAAGUUGUCUCCUGUUUUGUUUUCUACGGCGUGCUUCUGGUGAUAAAAAUGUACAUUGUAGCAAUAAUAACGGGACAAGUGAGGCUGCGCAAAAAGGCUUUUGCCAACGCCGAGGACGCGCUGAGACACGGAGGUUUACAGUAUCACAGACAGGAUCCAUAUGUGGAAAGAUGCCGCAGAGCUCAUGUUAACGACAUGGAGAACAUCCUCCCCUUUCUCUUUCUGGCUGCUAUCUACUCCAUGACUGGACCCUCACUGGCUGUGGCCCGCAUUCACUUUCUGAUCUUCUUCAUGGCCCGUGUGCUGCACACCAUUGCCUACCUGUUUGCCCUGCGUGCACCGACACGCUCUCUGGCCUACACCGUUGCCCAGAUACCUUGUAUCUCUAUGGCUGUGCAGAUCCUAAUAGCAGUCGCAGCGUAUGCCUGAAUAUUCAGAACUAUUAGAAUAUUAGACUGAACUAGCUGUUCUGGCUGUAAAGAUGGUGAUUACAAUCUGUUACCUGUGUCAGAAAAAGCAGGAGGAUGAUACCGGAGAGGGGAGGGAGAACAUAAAAGACAAAAAUGUCAGUGAGAGUGCAAUAUAAGGUGUGUGAUUACACCACAGCCUGGUUUUUUGAGACUUUGUCAGUAUUUUUAUUGUUCUAUUUAAUGUUGAAAUGUGAGAGUGCCCUGAAAGUUAUUUGAAGUUGACAUCCUGUACUGUACUAUUUAAAAAUGCAAAUGAAAGUUGUGGCUCGUAUGUAUGUCUUUUUAACCAGUUUUUGUUGAAAUGACCUGAUGGAAUUUUAAACUUUCUGACAUACAGUUGUAGGUAUUUAGUUUAGGCCACUUUGGAUAUUUUCCAGCACUGCACUGUACGUUCAUUCCUGCACUGCUUUUGUGUUUACACACAAUACGGACCACCAUUUAUGUGGUGUUGUAUCCUCCGUGGCUUCAUCUGUUUCCUGUGUGGUUAUUCCUUCUGUUGUGUUAACAUGUGUUUGCUUAUAUGUUCAGUAAAAGCAUAGUGGAUCCUGACAUGAUGAUGUGUUGAAAGACCACUCAGGGAAAUACAGUAUAAUGCUAUUAUUGUGUGAGUGAAACUGUCUCUCAAGUUAAGUCAAUUGUAAGGAAGAAGAAAGGAAUCCUAACACUGAGUUUGGACUGAGAAUAAAUCCGGCAACAACCUGCAGAGAACAAAAAUGGUGAAAGAAUUUUAUCUGUGAAAAUGUAUUUGGAGGCCAUAUAUAUUGUAAUAAUUUAUUAUUCAAUUGAAUGUAUACAGUGAUGUUUGUGAACCCCUUGAUGUGUUUGUUG